AGUUCAAGAGUCGCACCGCAGAUGCUGUAAAAACGAAAGAAGCCCACAGUUGGGACAAGGAUUCCAGUUUUGCGUCACCGUCAAGGCGGGAAAGUUCCCGGCUGUCGGUUGGAGGGUGGGUCCUCGCCCCGCCCCGCCCCCUCGGGCCGCCCUUCCGCGCUUCCGGGAGGCUUGUCCCAAGCUCACGGACCCCUCGCUGGGUGCCGGUUAAGACCCCGCUCCCCGUCGCCGGUGCUAUGGAGGCGGCGGCGGCGGUGGUGGCGGCAGAGGCGGAAGUGGAAAACGAAGACGGCGACAGCAGCUGCGGGGAUGUAUGCUUCAUGGACAAAGGCUUGCAGAGCAUAUCAGAAUUAUCUUUAGAUUCAACUCUUCAUGCCGUCAGUCUUCAUUGCAAUAACAUCUCCAAGAUCGAAGCCAUUGAUCAUAUCUGGAAUUUACGACAUCUAGAUCUGUCAUCUAAUCAAAUAAGUAGAAUUGAAGGACUAAACACACUGACAAAACUGUGCACAUUAAAUUUGUCCUGCAAUUUGAUUACAAAAGUAGAAGGACUUGAAGAACUAAUUAAUCUGACUAGACUAAAUGUAUCUUAUAACCACAUAGAUGAUCUUAGUGGAUUGAUUCCCCUUCAUGGAAUUAAGCAUAAACUUAGAUAUAUUGAUCUACAUAGUAAUCGUAUAGAUAGUAUCCAUCACUUACUUCAGUGUAUGGUAGGAUUGCACUUCCUGACCAAUCUUAUUUUGGAGAAAGAUGGAGACGAUAAUCCUGUCUGUCAACUGCCAGGGUACAGAGCAGUUAUUCUCCAGACUUUGCCACAGCUUAGAAUCCUAGAUUGCAAGAACAUAUUUGGUGAACCAGUAAAUUUGGCAGAAAUAAAUUCAUCACAGCUGCAGUGCCUAGAAGGUCUUUUGGAUAAUUUAGUUUCUUCUGAUUCUCCCCUACAUAUAAGUGAAGAUGAGAUCAUUGAUAGAAUGCCAGUGAUAACAGCACCCAUCGAUGAGUUAGUUCCCUUGGAACAGUUUGCAAGUACACCGAGUGAUGCUGUGUUGACGUCUUUUAUGUCUGUGUGUCAAUCUUCUGAGCCAGAGAAAAGUAAUCAUGAAAGCGAUUUGCAGAAUGAGAUAAAACUUCAGAAAUUAGAUGAUCAAAUUCUACAACUUCUAAAUGAAACUUCUAAUUCAAUAGAUAACGUUCCUGAGAAAGACCCCAGACCAAAAAGAGACACAGAUGUAACUUCUGAAAGUGACUAUGGAAACAGAAAAGAAUGCAAUAGAAAAGUUCCUCGAAGAUCAAAAAUCCCUUAUGAUGCCAAAACCAUUCAAACUAUUAAGCACCACAAUAAAAACUACAACUCUUUUGUAAGUUGUAAUCGUAAAAUGAAACCACCUUACCUUAAAGAAUUAUAUGUAAGCUCAUCUUUAGCAAACUGUCCUAUGUUACAAGAAUCAGAAAAGCCAAAGACUGAAAUAAUUAAAGUAGACCAAAGUCACUCAGAAGACAACACUUACCAGUCCCUUGUUGAACAGCUAGACCAAGAGAGAGAGAAGAGAUGGAGAGCUGAGCAAGCCGAAAAUAAACUCAUGGAUUAUAUUGAUGAGCUGCAUAAACAUGCAAAUGAAAAAGAGGAUAUUCAUAGUCUGGCUCUACUUACCACAGAUAGGCUAAAGGAAAUUAUUUUUAGAGAGAGAAAUUCCAAAGGACAACUCGAAGUUAUGGUUCACAAACUUCAAAAUGAAAUUAAAAAACUGACUGUUGAACUAAUGAAAGCAAAAGAUCAACAAGAGGAUCACCUUAAACACUUAAGAACCCUCGAAAAAACAUUAGAAAAAAUGGAGAGACAAAAAAGGCAGCAGCAGGCAGCACAGAUAAGACUGAUCCAAGAGGUGGAACUCAAAGCUUCAGCUGCCGAUAGAGAAAUAUACUUACUUAGAACUUCCCUUCAUCGAGAAAGGGAACAAGUGCAACAACUUCAUCAACUUCUUGCAUUGAAAGAACAGGAACACAGGAAGGAACUUGAAACAAGGGAGUUUUUUACUGAUGCUGACUUCCAGGAUGCCUUAGCUAAAGAAAUAGCCAAAGAAGAGAAAAAGCAUGAGCAAAUGAUAAAAGAAUACCAAGAGAAAAUUGAUGUGUUAAGCCAGCAGUAUAUGGAUUUAGAAAAUGAAUUCCGUAUUGCUUUAACUGUUGAAGCCAGAAGAUUUCAAGAUGUUAAAGAUGGUUUUGAAAAUGUUGCAACUGAGUUAGCAAAGAGCAAACAUGCUCUUAUUUGGGCUCAACGAAAAGAAAAUGAGUCUUCCUCUUUAAUUAAAGAUCUGACCUGUAUGGUAAAGGAACAAAAAACAAAACUGGCAGAAGUUUCUAAAUUGAAACAAGAAACAGCAGCAAAUUUACAGAAUCAAAUCAACACCCUUGAAAUUUUAAUUGAAGAUGACAAGCAGAAGAGUAUUCAAAUAGAACUUCUCAAGCAUGAAAAAGUCCAGCUUAUUUCUGAGCUAGCAGCCAAGGAAUCACUAAUAUUUGGUUUAAGGACAGAAAGAAAAGUAUGGGGACAUGAGCUGGCACAACAAGGAUCUUCUCUAGCCCAAAAUCGUGGAAAAUUGGAGGCUCAAAUUGAGAGUUUAUCUAGAGAGAAUGAAUGUCUGCGAAAGACAAAUGAAAGUGAUAGUGAUGCAUUAAGAAUAAAGUGCAAAAUCAUAGACGACCAAACUGAAACUAUUAGAAAAUUAAAAGAUUGUUUACAAGAAAAAGAUGAACACAUCAAAAGAUUACAAGAAAAGAUCACAGAAAUAGAAAAAUGCACUCAAGAACAACUUGAUGAAAAAUCUUCACAACUGGAUGAGGUACUUGAGAAGUUGGAAAGGCAUAAUGAAAGAAAAGAAAAACUAAAACAACAGUUGAAAGGAAAGGAAGUAGAACUUGAAGAAAUCAGAAAAGCUUACAGUACACUGAAUCGGAAGUGGCAUGAUAAAGGAGAACUUCUAUGUCAUCUUGAAACACAAGUAAAAGAAGUGAAAGAAAAAUUUGAAAGCAAGGAAAAGAAACUUAAAGCGGAAAGAGACAAAAGUAUUGAACUACAAAAGAAUGCAAUGGAAAAACUUCAUAGUAUGGAUGAUGCCUUUAAAAAACAAGUUGAUGCAAUUGUUGAAGCUCAUCAAGCUGAAAUAGCACAACUGGCCAAUGAAAAGCAGAAGUGUAUUGAUUCUGCAAAUUUAAAGGUCCAUCAAAUUGAAAAAGAAAUGCGUGAACUUUUGGAAGAAACAUGCAAGAACAAAAAAACAAUGGAAGCAAAAAUUAAGCAACUUGCUUUUGCUUUAAAUGAAAUUCAGCAAGAUAUGUGAUGGUUCUGAGAAUGAAUUUAAUUGAAAUGGACCAGCAGACCUAUUGUAAAAAUGAUUAAAUAUUGUAAUAGUAGUAACUGCUAUGACUUUGAAAUGUCUCUUUCUAUACAUUUCAUUAUGAAUAUAUUUUUAAAGACUUUUGAUCAAGUAUUAAUUGUAUAGGUUUUUUAUAAUAAAUUGUUGACAAUUUUGUCUAUUAGAAAAAAACUAUCAUAACUAGACUUACAACAUUUUUCUUGUUUCUGUACUAUACGUUGUUUGGUAAUUACACAUUUGCCUACAAAUUUGUGAAUUAAAAGAUUAGUAUUUUCACCAUAUGAGGUAAAAUAUUUUAAUCAUUGUUAUCUUAUUGUGAUGAUGAAGAACUAAUUAUAUUUGUUAUUUAAUUGAUGUAGCUCAAUUCUUUUAAAGUGCUUAUGUAGCCAAAAAGCAUUUGAAAUCUGUAUGAUAAAAGAUGUGGCAUUCUUAAGAAAGUAUAUGUAGCCAUCUCCACAUCACUUAUUAUGACCCCUUCUUUUAUAAUGCAUAUAUCUUUUCAUUAAAGAUUACAUUUAAGGUUUUAUAAA